AUGAGUAGUGACAGCAAUGUAUAUCGCGUUCUAGCGUUCGGUGAUAGUCUAACAGAGGGUUUUCACUUUGCCGGAUUUCGAUAUCAUCCGUGUGAGUUGACGAAGAAAAUACGUUCUAUUCAGCACAUUCAAAGUCAUUCUUUUCGUUUAGAUGCUACACGUCUAGCUGAAUUAAUAUCAAAUCAUUGUGAUUGGGUGUAUAAUGGUGAUCCCAAUCGUCCAAAUAUUGACGUCCGUGCGGGUGGAAAAAGUGGUGAACGUGUGUUAGAAGGAAUGAUCGAACGUUUGAGAAAGACGUUAGACAGUGUUGAAAAUGAAUCUCGUUUUCGGUGGGUAAUAAUUUUGGGUGGUAUCAAUGAUUUGUCAUUGGGCGCAGAACCAGAACGAAUUAUGGGCGGUUUAAGACAAAUGUAUGAUAUGGUUUAUCAACAUGGCGCAAACCUAGUCAUUAUGACUGUAACCGAAUCUGGUCUAGUUAAAACUAACGAUCCUAGAGAUGUAAAACGUCAUCAAUUAAAUACAUUAAUUAAAAACUAUGCAUGGGAAAAUCAUUUUGCUGGUGGAAAACGAACAUUUUGUGUCGAUUUAGAUAAAUUAAUUCCAUGGCAUCGACCAGAUAUGGCUGAAAAAAAGUUAUUAUGGGACGACCAUAUGCAUUUAACACCAAGAGGUUACGACAAAAUUGCUGAAUUGAUAUUUCAAGUUAUUGUGGAUUAUUUGAAUCUCAAAUAA